GGAUCAUGGGAUCGUAUGUGGGAAUAUGGGGCGCGCUCGAACAUGGCGUUUUGGUGGUGGUAUCGGCGCGCGGACGAGUGAGCGAUCGCGAUAAACUUAUCGCACAAUGUCAUGUGGUGGUAUGCGUUAUAUGCGGUAACGGGCUAUGUAGUUAUGCUCUACCGGUUCGCGCUAUCGCGGUGUUGUAUGAUACAACUUCACUCCUGGAUUGGGAGCUACUCGAGUACGCACGGGUAGCAAAGCAAAACAAUUGGUAUUGGGUGCAGUGUUAUCGCUGGGAUAAUGAAGCAAGAAGGGAAGCAGAGAGAUGCGAUCAUUACGUCCGUAUCCUUCCUACCACUAUGGUUUUCAUACGAGUAGUCUCCCCUAUUAUACUCGGUAGUUUUGUCCCCAAGGUACUCCACUGACGUACCUGUUGUCAUCAUCAUUUCCUCCUCCAGACUCUCGACAGUCCCACCCGGCUGGCCUGUCAAGGCCCAAUCUCCAAUCUUCCAUUACGAAAACUCGUGCGUAUGAUACGGUAGAAUAUUAUACCA